GGAGAGCGCAGCGCUUCUUUGCCCGUUCCCAGUUGCUGAGAGCUGCUAUUUCUCGUCCGCCUCUGGACAGCUAACUCCUUCCUCCCCCUCCUCUCGUCAGAUUUCAGCUGCCACAAUUACAGCGGCGUGAAAAGUGCCAAGGUUUUUGUAGAGUAUUAUUAUUAGUAUUUUUUUGUGUUUGUUUGGUUUCUUUCCACAGCGCGGAGGGGGAGAGAGAGACCACGCCGAGCCUUCUCGUUUCAGAGGGGAAGAGAAACUACCUGCAGCUGCUUAAGGAGGAAAAUCUAUCCGGGGUUUUGACGUCCUGUUCUCGCCGUCUUUUUUUUAUUAGUUUGAGGUAUUUAGGGAGUACUUGAGUGAAGUUGUUGAGCACAUAGUACAGCUCGUCCCACCGGCAUCAUGACUCGGAGAUCCUGUGCCAUCUACGCCACCGGAAUCGUCUGCGCUCACCUCCUCAUCGUGGGGAUCGCCCUGGUUGUGGCUCAAGUCUUCCAAACAAUGAUAGACAGCCGGCUAAAAAAGGAAAUUACUUUGACAGAGAAGAGCCAAGUAUUUGAGGCAUGGAAGAACCCACCACCACCUGUGUAUAUGGAGUAUUACUUCUUCAAUGUGACCAAUCCAGAGGAGUUCUUAGCUGGAGGGAAAGCAUCUGUCAAACAAAUUGGACCAUAUACUUACAGAGAAUACAGGCCGAGGGAAAAUGUGACUUUCCUGGACAACGGCACCAAGAUUUAUGCCCUGAAUCCCAAAAGCUUUGUCUUCGUCCCUGAGAAAUCAGCUGGAAACCCCGAGGUUGACAUGCUCACAACAGUCAACAUCCCAUUUGUGGCGGUGAUGAAUGAGCUGAACUCCUACGCCUUUCUCUUGCGUACUGUCGUUUCCAUGUUUGUGAAAAGUUGGGGCGUAAACAUCUUUUUGAAACGCACCGUCCACGAGUUCCUCUGGGGCUUCAAAGACCCCCUGCUGUCUAAGAUACAUGCCUUGAAGCCAGACGUUGAUGAGUAUUUUGGACUGAUGUGGAAGAAAAAUGGAACCCAUGAAGGAGAGUUUGUGUUCUACACUGGGGAGGAGAACUACCUGGAUUAUGGCAAGAUCUAUACAUGGAAUAACAUGAGUGAAAUGUCCUGGUGGUCUUCCAAUCAGAGCAACAUGAUCAAUGGUACAGAUGGUGCGGUCUUCCACCCUCUGAUAUCCAGGAACGAGUUGCUCUACAUCUUUGCUGCCGACCUCUGCAGGUCUAUCCAUUUGGCGUAUGUGGAAGAUGUGGAUGUGAAAGGCAUCCAGGCUUACCGCUUUGCACCGCCAGAGGAUGUGCUAAUGAGCCCCAAAGACAACCCAACUAACGAGGGCUUCUGCGUGCCAGCUGGAGACUGUCUCGGCACUGGUGUGCUCAAAGUCAGCGUUUGUCGAGAAGGUGCUCCUAUCGUGGUGUCUUUCCCCCACUUCUACCAGGCAGACCCCAAAUACAUCAAUGCCAUUGAUGGGCUGAACCCCAACAAGGAGGAACAUGAGACGUACCUCGACGUCCAACCGACCACAGGGGUUCCCAUUCGUGCCUGCAAGAGAGCUCAGCUCAAUGUCAUUCUGAAGAGAGUCCCAGGCUUCCCCAUGACCAGAUUCCUAAACGAAACCAUUUUCCCCAUCAUGUUCGUCAAUGAGACGGCGACUAUUGACGAUCACUCAGCAUCCCAAAUGAGGACUAUGCUCUUGAUCUUGACACUGGUGUCCAACUUCCCCCUGCUCAUUGUGGCCAUGGGCGUCAUCCUCCUGCUGGUCCUUGUCGUUUUGUUCUGCCGAAACCGCCAGAAGAAGAAUGAAGUAAAACGUAUUGAUUUUACUGAAGCUUUUCAUUCUUUUACUACGGCAAAGGACGACACAGCCUAUACUCAGGUCAGCGACAAGCCCGAGGAGCCGUCGGAAACCCCCGUGAGCCAGCCCAUGAGGAACGGCUCGUACAUUGCCAUGUCUCCCGUGGAGGCCCAGAAGUGUUGAUGGAGGCUGCCCGGACUCUGGGUCUCAGGAAGGGGGCUGAGGGAGCAGCACAGGGGUGCUACGAUACCACGGGUGGGGAUCUACACAGUGGGCUCUUUCACUUUUUUUUUUUUUUGUUUUGUUUUGGGUGGGGAGACGGGACUGGGUGGGUCACAAGCCCCAGUAAAUGUUUUGUCAGCCAAGACUUUGCUCCUCUCACUGAGCCCUCUCAUGACUGUCUGUCCUCUACUCUACCUGCUGAGCAUGGCCCUCACUGCCUGCCGUACUGCAACACAACGAAACUCUCGUCCACUUCUUUUUUCCUUGCUUCCGUCCUGGUUGGCCCCGCGCUGGAGGAGAUGAGGGACUCUGGGCUUGGCCAGGACAAGCCUUCUUGCGUAUUUCUUGUGCUCGACUCAGUAGCAUGGGCGGUGUAGACGCUCAUGGAUGCAAGAUCUUCUGAGUUGACUCUGCCAACCGUUAGGGCCCAAAGAGUGUUGACUUUUGAUAUUCACCCGAACAACCGAGGGUUUUUUUUUUUUUAAAGGUCGCAUUCUUGCUCUUUUCUUUCCAACGGUGUUGUCCGAGGUCAACCUCUAAACUAAGCCAACAGAUUAAAAAGCCAAUGCUCCUUAAAAUGAACCCUUAUGACAAGUAUUCCCUCCUCCUUGUUGCUGAGCUCCGGGGCUCAGAGUAUGAAAUGGUUUUGCUAACAAAACUGUGUUCUUCACCAUAUCCUUUUGUAAAAAAAAAAAAAAAAAAAAAAUGAAAAAAAAAGAAGAAUAAGUGACGACGGACUGAGCCAAACUAUAGCAUUGCCUUUUCUCCUAAGAUGAAUCGAUGCACCCACACACACACACCACACUUGGUUUCCUAAUGUCAGUCAAAGUGUGUGUGCACGUUUGUCUUACACUUGAGUGUCCUGUUUUGAUGGACAAUGGGCAACUACUUUUUCGAUGCAGGCACAGUUGUAGUAUGACACCUGUAAUACUAGUGAUUUUGAUUUCCCCUCUACUUUUCAACCCCCUCGCCCAUUUUUUCAGAACACUAGUUAAAUACAGACACAUUUCAAGACUUAAACAUUUCAAAGUCCUUAAGGCAUUAGCUAGCUAGCUGUGAAAUUGUUAGGGCUGCCACCCGUUGCUUGAAGUAGACGGCGCGAUUAGCUUUCAUCACACGUUCAAAACGGUCGAGGAAAAAAAAAAAACAACACACCCACAAAACUUAACAAGGGAGACUUGAACCCACUUUCUGCCUUACAGCAUCUCAGUGUGUUCUUUAUGUUCAUACAUUGUUAAAUAAGCUGGAAAUCGUUUGUCAUUAUUGUACAUAUGUAAAGGGGAAAUGUCGGGAUACCUCUGACCAAAUCCAGCAAGUAGUCCUCCUCGGUGUGCUGGAGACACUAGAGCGAUCCAGGGUCGACCACUCGCGCACAUCUACACUACUUCUUAGAGAAAGCACAAUUUGGAUUGCUAAGACCAGUCCUCAAACAAGGCUACCAGGUUAUUUUUUUCCUACCGACAGCUCAUCCUGUCAAAGACACUGGCAAUUGCUGUGAAUAUUCAAAGUGGAACCAUUUGGUAAAACAUUUGAGGGAGUCCUGUGCACCACUCACCGCUGUGCAUGCAAUGCCCAUAACAGUCAUUCGGUUUGCCAAGGAGCUACAGGCAUUCAGGCAAACACUGCACUUGAAUCACUUGUUUGUCUUACGUUGCACGUCGUGUUUUCAUCCUCCUUGUCGGCCAUAGCUAGUCGUCGUGUCACAUGUCAAAAGCCAAUGGCAGUUGCCUACGGAAAAUGAUUUAAGGCCAUAAUACUGUCAACCUGGAAAAUUCCCUGCACUUUUUUCCUGGAAAUUGUGCCCUUUGUAUUUUCAUUGUAGUGUUUUUUUUUCCUGGUCAUUUCAUUGCAAAUGGUCCUUGUGUAUAUUUCAGUGGUUUCGUCCCGGCUAAUAUUGGCUGUGAAUGGGUGUGGUUGUAGAUGGACACAGCAAGACACCCAUGCCUUUUUGCUACUUGCUUUUCAGUGUCUUCUUUUGAUAUAUUUUUUUUGUAUUUGUUAUUGCUGCUAAUAUUUGCCGUAACCUAUGGAUAUGUAUUUGUAAUGGAUAUUUACCAUACCGUGCUCGCAUUCAGUUCGAGGUUGCUCAGCCGAGGCUUUUCUUACCUCCUGGGAUUUGAAAGCCCUCCGUGAUGCCAACCCUUGACAUCUGGGAAUAUCUGAGCACAAGAUUCGAAGCCCAAAGCUUGUUGCCAUUUAUUGGAAUUAGCAGUUUAACGAUCACUACCAACAUUUUUGUAAUAAGUUAUCACGCCUAAUAACCACUCACUCAUCUGUUAGCAGAUGAUCUGAUGAUAGUAUUUGUUUCUCUGGGUUAUGAUAGGAUUAGUAAAGACGGUUUGCUGGAUGCUCAUGUAGAAAACGAAUAAGGACGAGUCACUGUAGGAUUUUUGUUGCCAUUCAGGCUUGGUGUUAGAAGUCUGACAGGCAAAGGAUUCUGGGUAUAUUCAGUUUAAUUUGGCAGUUUUGAGUCCUGAAUGAGAAUCCAGUUCACUGUAAGCCUUUUUUUUUUUUUUAUUCCACCUAUGUCCAAGCAAUCUCGGCCUUGUGAAACAUUGCUGUACUUCUUUAAUUAUAGGCUCAUAGAUUAACCACCCUUAAAUCUGAAAGACCUUAAUCCCAAGAGUUGUGUGUGCUGCUUGUGCAGCGUCUGUUUGAACAGGCACACAUGCGAGCCAUCACUCCUCCACUGUCUGACUUCUACUACACUGACCUUUGAGUCCAAUCAUUCAAGCCCAUUGGCUCAUCCCUGCUUGACCAAAGAUAACCCACAUAGAUCUGCCCCCAGCACCAUGUUUACUCUCCUCGGCGAUAACGGCCAUGCCACCAACCACCGCCGCCUACCUUAUUAAACGUGCCACGACCCAAAUGAAGUAUUUGCUACAGUGUUGUGUGUGCGUGCGUGUAUGCAUGUGUGUAUGUGCUUUUACCAUCGAGGCAAAAAAAAAAAAAAAUUCACAAUUGGUUGUGGUA